AUAAACUUUCUAUUGAAACUCUUCCUGCUCGAAAUUCUCCUGCCGAAAAUUCUCCUGCUGGAAAUUCUCCUGCCGUAAAUUCUCAUAAUGAUUCUCAUGUUAUGAAUUCGAUGAAUAAUAAUCAUAUUCAUAGAACCAAGUCAAUUAUCUGGGGUGAAGACUUUAUUUUUGGUUCAAAAGAUGUUUUUUUACUCGCUAAUAUGCCUUCAAGGCCAAACUCUGGAAUCUGGACUCCAAAUCCUGAGAAAAGGGGGCAGUUAUAA